AUGGAAUUAAGUGACAUUAUUAAAGCUAAUCUUGAUAAAUACGCAGAAGAAUUUAUCAAAAUUGUUCCAAUCAAAGAGUUAUUUACAAAAUUGAAAGUUAAAAAAAUUCUAAGUAGUAGAGAUAUUAUCGAUAUAGAAAAAUUAACUCAUGUUGAAGAUAUGAACGGAAGGCUAUUGGAAAUCUUACAAGAACAACGUUCAAAUGAGGAUUUCUAUACUUUCUGUAGCUUGCUAAAACAGCACCAUGUCAACGUUGUCAAAGCUUUCGGAGCAAAACUGCAAUUGGACACUGAAGAAAAUCCAAAAACAUUACCUGAUGUAGACAUCUACGGAAAUAAUAUAAGUUUUCCCGGUAUGAGCGCGAUAGACUAUGACAAUAGCAGGUUUAAUGGAAUACAGUAA